AUGGCGGAACUUGGAAGUCGAGAGCAGCAGGCGAACGCGGGCGGGAGGCCAAGGCGGUCGUUGGUCCAGUCAGGUCAAUCAAUGAGGAAGCCCAACGAGUUUUGCCCCCUCGAGAGUCGUCACCGGAUAGGGCUAUGCUAUGUCGAAGAGCAACUUGAGCAGCUUGCAGGGGCGAGCUCUAGCUAUGGUGAGGCCGAGGAGAAGCGGCACGCGGCAUAG